CUCCCACAACGAUGAUAUUGUACCACCAAUUUCCAAGUAGCAUUCUAGGCGGUACUGGCGGUACUGCGGUUGUAGACGGGGGCGAGUAGAUGCCCGCGAUCUCAGGCCUCAGUUCUGCAGCCAGCUGACUCAGCACGCCAAGAUCAGGUGACCGCCCACUUGAACUUCAUGGAUACCAUCACCAUCACCAUCAGACGAGUAUCUCGGCCUCGCCUGAAAUUGCUGACGUCGCAACCAUGGCCGGCCCUAGCAAGUCCCUGGUCCUUGACCCGGCCCUCCAGAAAUACUACGAACUCACCGCAAACCGAUACAAGUACUUCCGCUGGACCCCGCGCCAUGCCUGGUUGUCGUUCAUCUACAUGAUUGCGAUCCCUGGUACAUUGGGCUACAUUGCCUACAAGACAGAUGGCAAAUAUGAAUUCCGCGGGAAGAGGAAAGGCGAUACCAUUCUCGAAUAUUAGGUUGUCCGUUGAUUUAUGUUGAGUGAGGUGACCUCUACAGGAUUGUUUCUGUGACGCAGAGAGUAUGGAAAGGGCGGGUACGAAAUCGAGUUGUGCGCC